AUGGAACUGUCCCCAGAUCCGUUCUUCUUUCACGGUGAGGACGUCGAGUUGGUCACGCAACGGCAAAGCACCAGCCGGGACACCUCUUUGACCUGCACGGUUUUCGACGAGCCAACCGGCAACGUGAUAAGCCUUGCCUCCGUUGGGGUGACUGACGGGACAGUGGACCUGACCGACGACGGCGUACCAGGCGAGGUGAUCGAUCUCACCUGUGAAGAACCUAUCGACGACGUUGUUGAUCUCACGAUCGAUGAAUCAAACCUCUCCUACAGAGCUCUCCACGAGGGCGAAUAUGCCCUAGCUAGUUGCCGUGUGUCUGGGAGUGUCGUGGAGCGGGACGACUGCGUCGAAGUCCUGGAUACGAGCUUGGGCGCCUACAAGGUCAGCUUCGUCAUUGUCAAGGCCAUUGUGUCGGCUCGCCCGGGAUCCGUAAUCAUACGAGGAAUCCCUCUAUCAAGGACCAGGGAUCUAGCGGGCAUGCUUCCCAAGAAACGGGACGAAGUUUGCCAAGUUCUCCACAUCAACAGAGACGGCGGCCAAAACGAGGCACCGGGACUCAUAGAUGUCAACCUCUCGUCGGUUGUCGCCAAGAGAGCGGUCAUCAUGACGAACUCUCUAUGGCCCAAGCACAGCAGCAUACUCUCAUCUCGGGACCUGGAUGGACACCAGGGAUCACUCGUUUGCCGGUGGUCUUUCCGCAUAUACUCGACGUCAGAGGGUCGAAGAUCCAAGCCUAUAGAAGAGGCCCUAGAGCGAAUCCAGCCGAGCGAAGUCAUCAACCCCCAGUACCGAGAUCUGGAAGACGACCAGUGCUACCAGUGGCGUGGAGGACGGGUACCCGGAGGCUCGUGGCGUCCAGAAGCUCCGAGAGAGCCGCACGUCGAUAUCGUCCAUCUAGACGCUGAAACGAGCCAUAAAGCCGAGCAUCGCGAGCGCCUCCGGUAUCGUCAGCGCGGUCAAAAGUACACGGUCUUUGACUCCUUCUGUGGAGCUGGAGGUGUGUCUAGAGGGGCUCAGACGGCUGGAAUGAUAGUCACCCAUGCCGUGGACAAGAGCGAAGAGGUCUGUGAAACCUACAGGGCCAACUUCAGAGAGACAAGACUCUACAUCGGAUCCGUAGACGAAUUUGUCAGUAGUCAUGGGAGGCAACAUUUUCGAGUCGAUGUCCUGCACCUGUCCCCGCCAUGCCAGUUCUUUUCCCCCGCACAUACCCACACCGGCGUUAACGACGACAUAAACAUCUUCGCUCUCUUUUCUUGCAACUCGUUGAUCAACAAAGUUCGGCCCCGGAUUGUCACUGUGGAACAGACAUUUGGCCUCACGCAUGACCGGCAUCGAGAAUACUUUCAUUCGCACCUCAAUGAUUUUACUCAGCUGGGCUACUCGGUGCGUUGGAGGGUCGUCAAGCUAUGCACCUGGGGUUCUGCGCAGUCGCGCAAGCGACUGAUCAUGAUUGCCGCUGCUCCCGGUGAGAAGCUACCGCCGUUCCCGGAAGCAACCCAUUCAGAGAAUGGUGACAGGCGGAGAGGGUUGAAGCCAUACACAACGAUACGCCAGGCGAUCAGCACAAUCAGGCCCAGAAGUCGUGACGAGCUUCACAAUCUACACUCUGUUAGGUGGCAUCACCCGCCGAGAGCCUCAUACUGCCCUGAUCGACUGGCCGGCACCUUGACAACAGGCGGUCCGAGCCUUAUAUACCCCGAUGGCACUCGAGAUUUUACCCUCCGAGAACAAGCCUGCCUCCAGGGAUUCCCGCACUGCCAUACCUUCAAGGGUACGCGGACGUCGAUCAAGCGACAGAUCGGAAAUGCGUUCCCCCCGAACACGGUCACGGUACUAUACAAGUAUCUGGAGAAAUGGCUCCUGCGUCAGGAUGGAGUGCAACCAUCGCAUGCACACCCCAUCAUCAUCAACAGUGCUGAGGAUACGGUGACGGUUGCGGAUGACGAGGACAGCCUGCGUAUCGAUAUUCCCAGGAGCUCACGCCGCGUCCGGCCCACGAUGCCACCGUCCAUACAGGCAGCUACUACUAGGGUGGUGCCCAGCUCGAUGGAGAUUGACGACAAACCUGACGAAAUCGUCACGGUUGAUUUGACUUAG